AUGGGCGUAAGAAACGCUAAGAAAAGAGGACCAAAUCAUUUUGCCUCUCCUGAGCGGUUGAACGCAGUGGAUGAAAGCGCUAGCAAUGAAAAAAGCUCGGCGGUAAGUUCAAGCACCAGCGAAAAAGCAGCUAAAAUGAAGAAGAGGUAUAAAUUUACACCGAUCGACAAGAUAAAAGAUCGUGCAGAUAAGAAGGAAUCACCACCAGGAUUGCUACGGUCCAUACCCGUGUCUCAAAUUCGGAAAUCCAAAGUGGACGAUAAUUCAGCGCCACCGCGAGAAGCUGUUAGUAUUAGGCAUACCAAAACCUCAGACAAGAUCAGCACGAGUGGAAGAAAAUUUGAAGAAAACACAGGUAGGUCUGAAGAAGUGGUUUGGCAAUACUCCCCGAAAAAAAAUCCCAGAUCAGAAGGCUCGGAUGUAGACUUAGGCUACCGAUCGCUCUCCGAGGACAGUGUGCUUGAACAGGUCGUCAAAGAGUCUUCUACGCCAAUUGUUCCAAAUAAAUAUAGGAGCGUUUUGAAUCUCCCGCACAUGAAUAACGAGCAAGACCAUAAUGGCGAGCCUGCAAGCCUGGCUUCAAGAAAUCCUUCGCUGCGGCAGAAUUCCCUCCCUAAGUCUUUUGACGAACAGUCACCUUCUAGGCCUUCAACACGCGACAUUGACGAGAUAAUUCACGACCUCGAAGGCCAACAUGAGUUGAAACCACCCUUUCCCGCAGAGGACAUCCCAUCGUCGCCUAUUUCAUCAUAUACACAAAAAUUAAGAGCCAGGAAAGAUCCUUGCAGAUCACCAACGUCACCAACGCGUAAUGCGAAAAAAUUCCAAAAUCAAUUGUUGGUGGAUCAGCAUAAAAGCGCCACAACCCUGCGUACACUAUCCUUGGCAGAGAAUUUACGAGCCAGGAGAAAUAAUCCCAAAUUGCGGAGUUUUGAUCCUAAACAGUUUCAAAAUCAAUCAUCACAGGACCAACAUAAAGACACACCAUCCUUGCCGUCCUUUGAAGUGACGCGAGUCAAAAUUAAGAAUGGAGAGCAGUCGCAAGCCGCUCCUCGAUCAUCGCCAGUUGCCACAGGCCUUGAUUCGCCAAAAAAUGACGUUUAUGACGUUAACAAAGCUACAAACGAAAUGAAUAACGAUAAUAAUGACAGUGAAAAUGACAACGACAAUGAUGGAGAUAAUGACAAAGACAAUGACAACAGUAUUAUCCAAAACGAUGAUGACGAAAGUUACGAUGAAGAGGAUGAUGACGAUGGUUCUUUGAUAAAAAUAUUAACACAAAAGUUCGGGGACAGCGAAAAUCAUAAAAUUCCUGAGGCAGCUUCCAAAAAUAUACAAAGCGUAGAAUCAAAAUCCGAUGGAACUUUCUCGGACGAUUCCGGUGACGAUUCUCUUAUCAAUUUGCUCCAUGCAACUGCCCAGAACCCAAAGGAUCUGCCACCCGAAUGUAGUCAAAGGGAGCCCGAAAUUGAUGCGAUCGAGCAAACAUUUUCUCAAAACGUACAUGUCAAAGAUAAUGAGCUGAAGUGGAACGAAAUUAUCAAGGACUACGUGGAACGAGCCCAAUUUGCUGUUCAAAGGAACGACAUGGAAAGAAUGGUAAUUGUGGAGAUUAAAGAUCAUUUUAUCAAACAAAACGUGAGGCAAAAAGUCCUCGUGUGCGUGGAUAAGGAAAGCAAAUCCUGCAAUUUAGUUGUUAGACAGCCUUGGGUCGACUUACCCUUUGAACAAGGUGAUGUGGUACACACCAUUCCUGGCCAAAACUGCGCCAACAAAAGGCUGUUUUCGAAUGACAAAGAACCUUACACUGGAAAAAUCAACGACAACUUGUUGAUUCUGAACCCAGAUAUUCUUCUUGCAGCAACAACCAUCGGAAGAGCCGUCGAAUGUCAAAGAAAAGCGAUUAUUUGCACUCAGUUUAAUGGACCUGGCGAACCUAGUCUUCCUGCUUUGACAGGAUCAAUUGUACAUGAGUUACUACAAGCGUGUCUUCAGUACAAGCUUGUUAACGAUAAUCUUUCGGAUAAGUUCGUUUCCUCUAAACUGUAUGAUCUGUUGGAAUAUCAUUCAGCGGAUGUAACGCUAUGUGGGACAACAAAACACCAGCUCUCUAGACAAAUUGAAGAAGAUCAUCUUUCAAACAUAAAAGACUUCACACGCAAAUAUGUGAGAAGUCACGGUCCCCAUGGGACACCAAAAUCAGGUACUCAAAUUACACGAAAUAAAGUGCCCUUUGGAAUCUCGAACAUCAUUGACAUCGAGGAAAACAUUUGGUCCCCAAUGUAUGGGUUGAAAGGCUUCAUUGACGCUACAGUUGAAGCACAAUUCCCAAAUAACUCAAGAUUCAUUACUCCGCUUGAGCUUAAGACAGGAAAAACAAAGUCAAUAUCCCAUGAAGUGCAAGGAAGUAUUUAUACGCUACUGCUGAAUGACCGAUAUGAAGUUCCUGUCAAUUUUUUUCUGCUGUUUUACACAAAAUCCAACGAUUUUGACAAGCAAAACACGUUGCUUGCUUCAAUUAAACACCUACUAACACUGAGAAAUCAGGUCUCCACUUUUCUUAAGCACGAACUAAAGGAGAUCAAUAACUCAAAGUGGAACGGCACUAUUCUUCCGCCUAUUCUAAGAAGUUCAGAGUGUGAUAAUUGUUACUCUAAAACCGAAUGCAUGGUUCUGAACAAACUCUGUGAAAAUGGAAAUGCAGCUGAUAGCGGUCUGAAAGAUGGUGAAUACGAAGCUCUAACAGCACAUCUCUCUGGAAAUCCUCUUUCAUACAAAGAAUUUUAUUUGAAAUAUGAAGAUCUCAUUGUGAAAGAGGAAUCUAGCCUUAAUGGUAUCAACAGAAAGGUUUUUCUAGUUGACAGCCGUACUCGGGAAUCGAUUAGUGGCAAAUGUCUUAGCAGUUUGCGAAUAGAAAAUAUCGAGGAGCACAAGUUCACCAAAAACAUUGAGUAUACUUUCAGCAGGAAAAGUGGCGAAAGAGACCUACCACCGAUGUCAAAAUCUCAAAUUUCCAAAGAUGAAAUCGUCAUAAUAAGCGAUGAGAUCGGUCAUUUUUCACUGUGCACUGGUCGUGUGACUAACAUCUCUAAAGCUUCGAUCACUGUAAUGACGUCUAGAAGACUGGAAAACAAUAACAUUCACGCGCCAGGGUUUGAAAAAUCCAACAAUCAGACACUGAGAACUGUUCUUAUGCCUGCUGCUCAUUCGGGUUAUAGCCAAAAUGCAGGAUUAAGUUAUCGCAUUGACCGAAACGAGGUACAGAGAGGGAUGGCCAUGGCGAGGUUCAACCUACUCAAUCUCUUUCUUCCGCCUAUUCCAGAAGGCACCAUGACUAUCGAUGAGAAUGGUGUCGGCACUGAGGUCAAAGCAUCCUUGGGUGGUGACAUCAAGACUCGGGAACUUCUUGUAGAUGGGAGGGCUCCGACGUUUAGGCCCCUUUCGCGGCCACCGCCAACUGCUUGUGAUGAUUGCCUGAAGUCCAAAUUUAACAUGGACCAACAGACUGCAUUUGACAAAGUUAUGAGAGCUGAAGAUUUUGCAUUAAUUUUGGGUAUGCCAGGUACAGGAAAAACAACUUUAAUUGUCGAAAUUGUGAAAUGUUUAGUUGAAUGUGGUAAGAGUAUCUUGCUGACUUCAUACACGCAUUCGGCUAUCGACAAUAUACUUAUCAAGCUGAAGCAAUGUGGUAUUGACAUAAUGAGGCUCGGCGCCAAGCACCGUGUACAUCGAGAAACUCGAGAAUUUGUUGUCGAUGUGUCUGGCGCAGAAACUCUCAACGAACUACUUAAAAUAACGGAGUCAGCUCCCGUUGUUGCAACUACCUGUCUCAAUAUUUACGAUACUUUGCUCACAGUAAGGCGUAGAGAUUUUGACUAUGUCAUCGUAGAUGAGGCCAGUCAGUUGUCCUUGCCCAUGUGUUUAGGGCCACUUAAAUUUGCACCCAAGUUUGUCUUAGUAGGAGACCAUUAUCAGCUGCCACCAUUAGUCAAAAAUGAAGCGGCACGAGCUGGUGGUCUGGAUGAAUCACUAUUCAAGAUUUUGUGCGAAAAAUACCCUUACAGCGUGGCGGAAUUGACCCAUCAGUAUCGAAUGUGUCAAGACGUCAUGGCAUUAUCAAAUUACUUGAUCUACAACGGAAAACUAAAGUGUGGAAACGAAAUGGUUCGAGACCAAGAGUUGUCGACGCCGAAUUCAGCGGACCUGAUUAAACUUCAGAAUCAAAACGCUUCUAAGCCUUGGCUUGCAGACGUCAUCGAUAGCAAGCGAAAGGUAGUUUUCCUUAACCACGACCUUUGCGCAUGCUGCCAAGAAACAGGAGAUAGAGACAACAUCACAAAUGUUGGAGAGGCAGAAGUGGUCUGGCAGUGCGUUGCAGCUCUGGUAAAGAGUGGAGUUAAACGUAAUGAUAUUGGUGUGAUGACUUUGUAUCGCGCCCAGCUUAGACUGUUGCGAGCGAUGUUUAGCGCGGAGGAAGAUGCGGAACUCGAGACUCUGACUGCGGAUCAAUUUCAAGGUCGCGACAAAAAGUGCAUUAUUAUAUCGAUGGUGAGAAGUAAUGAUGGAGCUAAUGGUGGCAACUUAUUGCGAGAGCUGCGACGCGUCAACGUAGCAAUGACCCGCGCGAAGGCGAAGCUGCUAAUCGUCGGCUCGAAGAGUACGGUGGGCUCUGUAGAGACGAUAAGCGGGUUCGUGGACUUUUUGGAAACGCGAGGCUGGAUAUACACGCUACCUUCAGAUUGUCUCGAGUGCUACAAUUUGGUGCGAAACACGCAGGUGGGACCGAUGUCGCCGCGCGUGUCGGGCGAGCCAAAGCCUGCUGGCGGUAUUACGGGAGAUUCCAAAUUUGCGCGGAACAAGCCUGUUCUUCGAGACAUUCUGAACGGAAUGUAG